CCUGAUACCUAUAAACACUUGAUAUCUAUAGCCCCCCAAGUAUCAUCACACUGGAACACAAGAAAUGGACAAUUCUUAAACCUAGUGCCUACUACCCCAGGUACAGAGUAAGUAUAUAUGUCCAAGUACUCCGUACGAAUUCUGGAACGCCCCACCAUGAACGGAUCACAUCCAAUUUUUUUCUUCUGACAAUUGAAACCUACUACAACAAUCCUUACUCCAGAUAACCCACCCAACAUAACCAACACCAACAAUAACAGCCAAAGAGGAAGAGAGGAGGAAAAAAAAGAAAGAAAGAAGCACAAGCAAAAUGGCAAUCAUCCGCCCCGCAACCCCAGCAGACCUUCCCCAAGUCCGCGCAAUCAGCACCUACUACAUCCUCAACACAGCCCUCAUAUUCACGCAAACCUCGCCACCACCUGCCGUCUUCCAAGCCAAAUACGACGACCUCAAGUCCCGCGGCCUCCCUUAUGUCGUUGCCGUUGACGAGGAACUCACAAACGCCGAGGACGGCGCCGACCUUGUACUCGGGUACGCUUAUCUCUCGCCCUUUCGCAGCCAUAUGCUGUCGUACGCGGCAACAGUGGAGCUUUCACUCUUCGUGCACCCGGACCAUCAGUCGCGGUCCCUGGGAUCGAGGCUUCUUGCGGCGGUGUUGGAGGCUGCUCCGGCAGUGAGGCAUCGGGCUUAUGAAGUUACAGGGUCGGAUGAGGAGCCGAGGAAAGUGUUUGCUGGGGAGAAAGGGGAGAGUGAAGGGGGACUCCCGCUGAGGAAUAUUCUCGCUGUUAUGGCGGUUAGUUCUGAGGGGUUAGAUGGCGGAGAUGCCUUGCGGAGGUGGUAUAUCAAACGGGGAUUUGUGGAGAGGGGAAGAAUGGAGAAGAUUGGGUUUAAGAGGGGAGAGUGGUAAGCAUACUACCUAACACACUCUUUUUUAACUUUAUGUGGAUGGUUGGAUAUUGCUUAAACUAAUUUGAUGAAUAGGAUUGAUACGAUUUACUUGCAAUAUACCCUGGCGUAAAUUGGCGUGGUAGCCAUGAUUGUGGAUAUAUAUUAUUCUGAGGAAGUUAAUGAAUGGCUAGAUUAGAUUACACUUGUAGAUUCACUGGCAUGCAGAUGCAUUAGUGGAAUUUAUGAACCUAUCCGACGUAUGAUAUCCCGGGUAAGAUCAGAUCUAGAACAGUCCUCAGAUUAGUCCAGUAGGCACCAACUACCUAGGUAAGUUGAUCAGUCAAUCCAACGCGUUGGCGUGUUAUGGACUUACUGUAUUAUGAGCAAGGAUAGUACUCAAGGUUCCAUACUGGAAUUUCCCAAGUCCGAUUCUGUAGAGCAAGUCUAAGGAUGCUUAGAUGGACAAUUACAAUUCCCGACUCACCUUC